CUUUGCUUGUAAUUCACAGCGAGAGUGUGCUGCUGUCUGUGAGCGGUUGUGGUUGUUCUGCUUGAGAACGAGCGAGCGAGCGACAGCCCCCAGCAGUCAGUCUCCUUUGGUUGGUUUGUCAAGACAGCAAGCCAGCACAAACAGACGGCCAUGAGCAGUGCACCAAAGCGGCCCAAGCUACAGGGUGUGAAAGCGAAGGACAAGGCUGGCAAAGCCGCGCCUGCGCAGGAGGGCGGUAGUGUGCGGGAGAAGAUCUUGGAUUUUUUGAAACAGCAGAAUGGCGAGGCUCUCUCUGGCAAGGACAUUGCCACGGGCGUUGGUGCAGACAUCAAGACAGUCCUGGUGGAAGCACAGGCACUCACAGAUGAGGGCAAGAUUGAGCUGCUCACACCGGCUGUGAACGGCAAGACAAAGAUUUUGUUUCAACUCGGCACAGAACUCUCACAACGGGUAGCAAAGCUGGAGCCAGAUGAGCGUGCCAUCUACUCGGCGGUGGAGGCCGCGGGAACAGCAGGCAUCUGGAAUGCGCGGUUCAAGUCGCUGAUACCCGACAGGAAGCGGCUGAAGCGCGUGCUGCAGCAACUCACGCGGGACAACCUGAUCAAGGAGUUCAAGCCCGUCAACAACUCGAAGAAGCCGCACUACAUCCUGUACGACCUGGAGCCGGACGAGUCUGUCAGCGGGGGUGUGUUCUACGACGGCGACGAGUUUGACCGCGAGUUUAUCAACAACCUGCGCAUGGUGAUUCUGCUGUUUCUGAAGAAGCGCUUCAAGGAAGCGGCGAAGGAGGAAAAUCCCUACCUCCGCUUCAAGCACAGCUACAUCACCCCAGAUGAGAUUGCCAGCAAGCUCAAUGCUUCCAAAGUGAUCAAGAUCACACUCUCCCCAGCCGAUUGCGAGAAGGUGCUGAGCACGCUUGUUACGGAUCGCCUUGUCAUUGCAAACGACCCUUUGUCAUCCAUCAAAGCAUAUAGGUUUUCGAAGCUGGACCGGCACCCGUCUGCGCUGAGCGCGGUGCCGUGUGGCAUCUGCCCCGUCCGCCACAACUGCACCCUCGACGGUGUCGUGAACCCCGUUGGCUGCAAGUACCUCGAUGAAUGGCUGGCGUUCUAGCAGGGUCGUGCCUGCUGCUGAUAGCGUGUAGACAUAACUAAACACAAAGUGACGACAGGA